GCUAUGUGUAUAAUAAGGUAGGGGAUCAGACUAAAGCACUGGAAUAUCAUCAAGAGAGUCUUACAAUGAGAAGACUAAUCCACCAGGACAGUCCUUACUCAGAUGUUGCCGACUCACUAUAUAACAUAGGUUGUGUGUAUAAUGAGAUGGGGGAUCAGACUAAGGCACUGGAAUAUCAUCAAGAGAGCCUUACCAUGAGAAGACUAAUCCACCAACAAAAACUCCACUCAGAUGUUGCUUGGUCACUAUAUAACAUAGGCAUUGUGUAUAAUAAGAUGGGAGAUCAGACUAAAGCACUGAAAUAUCAUGAAGAAAGUCUUACAAUGAGAAGACUAAUCCACAAGGACAGUCCCCACUCAGAUGUUGCUGACUCACUAUACAUCGUAGGCAAUGUGUAUGAUAAGAUGGGGGAUCAGACUAAAGCAUUGGAAUGCUAUCAAGAGAGUCUCACAAUGAGAAGACUAAUCCACCAAGACAGCCCCCACUCAGAUCUU